AUUAAUUGGGCUCUUAAUGAUUCUUGGAAGCAUUCUAGUUUAAUCAUUACCUUUGUUUAUAGCCUCUGUACUUAAGUGACUGCUGUUUCCCAGCAUUCUGCUUUCCAGUCGUGGGCAUUGUCUGCUGAAGGAGGAGAUAAGUGAAGGAAGGUGUUUCGAUGACUCAAGAGCUACGGGAAAACACGGAUUCACUAAUAAAAUAGGCACAUCAGCAUCAAGUAAGCAAAAUGGAUGAAGACGGCAUCAGAAAACGAAGUUCAAAUCAAGAACCUGAUGAAACAACGCCCAUCAAGAAAAGCAAAUCUAUGAAUCUACAGAAAGAGGUGGGCCUGCUCAGUGGAAUUUGUGUCAUUGUUGGGACAGUGAUUGGUUCGGGAAUCUUUGUUUCUCCAAAGUCUGUUCUGGCUAACGUUGGAGCAGUUGGGCCCUGCUUAGUCAUUUGGGCAGCCUGUGGAGUGCUUGCUACAUUAGGGGCACUGUGUUUUGCCGAACUUGGCACAAUGAUAACGAAAUCAGGAGGAGAAUAUCCAUACCUCAUGGAAGCCUUUGGCCCAAUCCCUGCGUAUUUGUUUUCCUGGUCAAGUCUCAUUGUCAUCAAGCCCAGUUCCUUUGCCAUCAUUUGCCUCAGCUUUGCUGAGUACACAGCGGCUCCAUUUUAUCCGGGUUGUGACCCCCCCACGGUUGUCAUCAAGUGUCUGGCAACAGCAGCCCUCGUUACAAUUACUCUGGUGAAUGCCCUGAGUGUGAAGUGGGCGAGUUACGUGCAGAAUUUUUUCGCUGCGGCUAAAAUGGUGAUUGUCAUAAUUAUCAUUGUAAGUGGGAUUGUUCUUCUAGCCCAAGGAAAUACAAAGAACUUCAACAAUUCGUUUGAUGGUCCCCCGCUUUCUUUGGGCGCCAUUAGUCUUGCAUUUUAUAAUGGACUCUGGGCCUAUGAUGGAUGGAAUCAACUUAAUUAUAUCACAGAGGAACUUAAAGAUCCUUAUAGAAAUCUACCACUCUCUAUUGUUAUUGGAAUCCCUCUGGUCACAGUUUGUUACGUUCUGAUCAAUGUAUCCUAUUUCACGGUUAUGACAUCAACAGAACUUCUGCAGUCUCAAGCUGUCGCUGUGACAUUUGGAGACAGGGUUCUUUAUCCUGCUUCCUGGAUAGUCCCUCUCUUUGUGGCUUUUUCUACCAUCGGGGCAGCCAAUGGGACUUGCUUUACUGCUGGCAGGCUUGCUUAUGUAGCCGGUCGUGAAGGGCACAUGUUAAAGGUGCUCUCUUACAUCAGCAUCAAGCGCUUAACUCCGGCGCCUGCUAUCAUCUUUUAUGGUGCAAUAGCUAUUAUUUAUAUAAUUCCCGGUGACAUCAACACCCUCAUCAACUACUUCAGCUUUGCAGUUUGGAUAUUCUAUGGUCUAACUGUGCUGGGACUCAUUGUCAUGCGCUUUACCAGAAAAGAUCUUGAAAGGCCUAUCCGUGUACCUCUGAUCAUCCCCAUCCUUGUGAUGUUUGUUUCCAUUGUGUUGGUCCUGGCACCCAUCAUCACUGCACCCGAGCUGCCAUAUCUGUAUUGCGUUCUAUUUAUUAUCAGUGGACUUGUCUUUUAUGUACUUUUCAUCCACUUCAAAUUCAACUGGGCUCAAAAAAUCUCAAAGCCCAUCACUAUGCACCUUCAGAUGCUUAUGGAAGUAGUUCCACCAGAAGACGUUCCUGAAUAACAUUGAAUUUUUCCAUCAUUAAAAAGGCUAGCUCCUGGAAAUGGUUCAGCAGGUAUGAUACAUCAUGUCCCCAACUAUAGGUCUCAAUGCUGAUGAUAAGGGACAUUUGUGAGACAGUAAGUGUCCUGAAAAAGACACUGUUCUGUUCCUUUCCCCUGUAAAAUGCAUUCGUUUUUGUAACACAUUGAAUUCAGGGAUUUGCAACAUCUUAAGAAAAUAUCUGAAUGGGGGAAAAGACCUGAGGAUUUGUAGGCUAUGGACUUGAUUUCAGGUACGGAGUUUCCACAUUAUUUUCUCAGCAAGCUGAAAGGACAGAACAUUUACUACUGUAUUACAGU